GGAAGGCAGCACUAGCCGAGCUGCAGUGCUCCAGUCGUAACCAAUCGAUCCCGUUAGUUCCAUGCCUCAGGAUGCCAGUUUCUUUGAAGCCUCCAUUUGUGGUGACGUUGGAUAUUAACCUUCUCCUGGUGGCUUUGACAAUACUGGGUCUCCUGACAAGGCUCUGGUCGCUCUCUCACCCACCAGCUGUUGUGUUUGAUGAAGUGUAUUAUGGGCAGUUUAUAUCUCUGUAUAUGAAGCGCAUAUUUUUCUUAGAUGACAGUGGACCACCUCUAGGACACAUGCUUCUGGCAUUGGGAGGUUACCUUGGUGGGUUUGAUGGUAAUUUCGCGUGGAACAGAAUUGGAGCCGAGUACAGCAGUAAUGUCCCUGUUUGGUCCCUCCGACUGCUGCCUGCAAUAUCUGGAGCACUGUGUGUUCCCCUAACUUAUCAGAUUGUAGUGGAGUUGGGGUUCUCUGCACGUGCAGGUCUGGUAGCCUCCAUUCUACUUUUAUUUGAGAAUGCGCUGAUUACACAGUCACGUCUGAUCUUGCUGGAAUCCGUGCUAAUUUUCUUCAUCCUUUUGGCAUUACUGUCGUUUAUAAAGUUCUGUCACUCUCAGGAGAAUAGUCCCUUCUCUAUAUUCUGGUGGUUCUGGCUGCUGCUUACUGGGGUUUCUUGUGCCUUAGCUGUAGGGGUGAAAUACAUGGGUCUCUUCUCUUAUCUACUGAUUUUGGUUAUUGCUGCCAUUCACACUUGGCAACUUAUUGGUGAUCGAACUUUGUCCAACGUGUCUUUGCUGUUCCAUUUGCUGGCACGUGGCUUCUCUCUGCUUCUAGUCCCUGCUGCCCUAUAUCUGGGGAUAUUCUACAUUCAUUUGUCCUUACUGAUUCGAUCGGGUCCUCAUGACCAUAUAAUGAGCAGUGCUUUUCAAGCCAGCCUCGAGGGUGGGCUUUCACGGAUCACGCAGGGGCAACCCUUAGAGGUUGCUUAUGGAUCCCAAAUAACCCUGCGGAACACUCUAGGGAAACCUGUGCCAUGCUGGCUUCACUCGCACAAAAACACCUACCCUGUACGGUACGAAGGUGGCCGAGGAAGCUCCCACCAGCAGCAAGUCACCUGCUACCCCUACAAAGAUGUCAAUAACUGGUGGAUCGUGAAGGAUCCAGCAAGGCAAGAGAUGGUGGUAGGUUCUCCACCACGUGCCAUACAUCACGGAGACACCAUACAACUGGUACAUGGUAUGACCACCCGUUUCCUAAACACACAUGAUGUUGCUGCUGCUUUGUCCCCAUACUCCCAGGAAAUCUCUUGCUACAUAGACUAUAAUAUCUCUAUGCCGGCACAGACACUGUGGAGAGUGGAGAUUGUGAACCGAGAGUCUGACACAGACACCUGGAAGAAUAUCCUGUCUGAGGUGAAGCUGGUCCACGUCAACACAUCGGCGGCAUUGAAGCUCAGUGGGGCGGCAUUGCCAGAUUGGGGUUUUCGGCAGCUGGAGGUCGUUGGAGAGAAGUUGUCAAAAAGCUACCACCAGAGCCUGGUAUGGAAUGUUGAGGAGCACCGAUACGGCAGGAGUCAGGAACAGUCUGAGCUGGAGCAGGAAUUGCAUUCUCCUACACAGGUGGACGUGGCAAGGAACCUCAGUUUUAUGGCUCGAUUUUGGGAGUUGCAGUGGAAGAUGCUCACUAUGAGAAGCGAGAGCACAGAACACAAGUACAGCUCAUCCCCUCUGGAUUGGCUCACCCUGGAUACCUCCAUCGCAUACUGGCUCCAUCCCAAGACCACAGCUCAGAUCCAACUCCUAGGUAAUCCUGUGAUCUGGUAUUCUGCCAAUGCUGGUGCGUUGCUCUACUCCGCACUGCUACUGUUUUACCUGCUACGCCAGCAGAGGGCGAUAUAUGACAUUCCAUCAGAUAUGUGGCAGACCUUGCAGCUGACGGGCGCAGUGUGUUUGGGCGGCUGGGCUGUGAAUUACCUGCCUUUCAUUGCAAUGGAGAAGACCCUCUUUCUGUAUCACUACCUCCCGGCCCUGACCUACCUGAUCCUCCUGUUACCGCCCCUGCUGGAACACACCUACCAGCAUUUGCUCAGGUCCGAAGUUAUGAGGAAUACAUUCUCUGCGCUUCUGGUGGUUUGGAUGUCCAGUGUGUUCCUGACAUAUCGAAGACUUUGCCCAUUAACGUAUGGGGAUCCUCCUCUAUCCCCAGCAGAAUUAAAGGGUCUGCGGUGGAAGGACAACUGGGACAUAUUGAUCAGAAAGCGGUGACAUAUGCUCCACAGACUGAUUGUAAGAAGAGCAGCUGCAUUGUGUGGGACUUACCUGCUCAGAGAAGCCGUAUGUCUCUUUUAUUUAAUGUAGCCAGCUAUAGGUCCAAAGCAUUUCAACACGAAUAGGACUGGAAAACUGCUUUUGGGGCAGACACGUCAUUAGACAAAAUCGAGAACAGGAAGGGAAAAAAAAUUUAGCUGCAAGAAAUGCACGGGAUAGGUGCUUGUUCAGAAAACACUACA